AUGCAGCACACGACGUGUACAGAGGACAGGAUCCACCAUGCAUUGGAGAGAUGCCUCCAUGGCCUUAGCAAAAGCACAUUUUCUGCAAGUACAUGGACAGCUGGGCUUUGUCUGAACUGCUGGAGCCUCCAGGAGCUAGUCAGCCGUGAUGCCGGGAACUACCUCAUUCUCCUGGAGAAAAUCCUACAGAAGACUCAAGAGGUCCAAGAGAAAUGUGACUACAAUCUCUUUACUCCAUUGGCCUUUCUCUUCAGUGCAACUGUCCUGUGUAUCCCUCAUUUUCCUUCGGAUUCUGAUCUGCUUUUGAGAGCUGUGAGGAUGUACCGUGAUUUUCUCACCUGGCCUGUGCCAUACUGCAACAUCUGUCAGGAAUUACUUAACUUUAUCAACAAUGAGCUCAAAGCCCCAGGGAUUUCUUUCCAAAGGCUUGUUAAAGCUGAGCAAGGAUUACCUCGAAAAGGCUGUGAGAAUUCUACCGUAACAGUCCUGUUGCUGAACCCUUCAGAGGUUGAUGGGGAAUUCCUGUCAGUUGCCGAAAAGCUAAGCGCUGCAGACUACUCCCAGCAUACAUUACUAGUGACACUCCUGGAGCACACAUACCAAGCUAACUUUGGGACUAGAUGCAACCUGGCAAAAUUACAACAAAUCCUGAAGCUGAAAACUGCAGAAGAACUCAUGAAAAUAUUCACCAGAACCACAGAAGCCCAGGAGAUGGCAGUUCUGACUAGCAAUGAUCCGUCUACUGCCAGGGAACAGCUGGAAUCUGCCUUGCUAGAGAUUUCAAGAACAGCAGGGCUACCUGAAAUAGCAGAUGAAGGCCAGCUGUCUAAACUCCGUGUGAUCCCCAUCCCUGUUGCCCGCUGUUAUGUGUACAGAUGGGAUAAGGAUAAUUUUGAUAUCUUGAAUGAGGUACUAGACAAAGAAGUGGACUAUCCAAAACCAGAUCUUUUGGAGGAUGAAGAGGAGGAGGAAGAGGUUGACAAUUGCUUUGCAGAAAAAGACUGCCUAUUGUCCACCCUUGCCUCAGUCACAAAAGACUCUAUGUACUCAACAUUGUCAGAAGAUGACCCAUGUGACUCACAAGUGUCUGUCAUCUCUGCUCUUUCCAAAAACUCUGAGCUCUCCUUGGCCUCUAAGAAGUCCUUGAAAUCUUUUGUCUCCAGUCUGAAAGAUUCUAUGGAUAGUGGCUAUGUGGAAGACAGCGAUGACAACUCUUUAGAUUUGACAGGACGCUUAGAUCUGAAGGAAGAAAAAGUAUCACACAGGCAUCGGUACCGGCUGAGCAACAGGCUAUACAAAUUGUUUAAGAGCAAGAGCCAGAUGAUUUUGGGCAGAGAUCUGAGAGAUGUUUCUGACAUAGCCUCGUUGUCAUUGCCGUUACGUCGAGCAGAGAGUCUUUGCAAUCCUGUAGCCAAGAACCGUAUCCCUGCACGAUCCCGACGGGCACAGUCACUGCCACAGCAUAUGCUGAGUGCCACGCUUUUGCAGACCCAUAUAGCACAGAACACUUUUGUCCAACGCAGGCCCUUGUUGAGCUGCGAUGAAGAUGCAAAGAUCUCAACACUGCGAGUGGUCGUAUUUGGUUCUGAUCGCAUCUCAGGGAAAGUGGCCCGGGCUUAUAGUAGUCUGAAAUCUCAAGAAAGCAGCUGUCCCUGUUUAACUCGGUACUGUAGAUUGCAAUUUUUUUAUGUCCCUGUGAAGAGGAGCAAUCCUACCUCAUUUGCACUGACUUACCCUCUUCUUUCAUCAGGAAGUCCUAAUUCCCAUGGCUCUGGAUCAACGGAUCCAAGUAUGGGAGGCACAGAGAGCAGCACAAAUGAUAUCUCAUUCUACAUAGGUAUGCUGGAUCCCUGGUACGAACGCAAUGUUCUUGGGCUAAUGAAUCUCCCCACCAACGUUUUAUGCCAGCAAUCCAUUAAGCCAGAGGGAGAGUCUUCAGAGGAAACAGCCACCCAACUUCCCAUCCUGGCUGAUAUGAUUCUUUAUUACUGCCGUUUUGCUACCCACUCUGUAUUACUCCAAGUCUAUCAGGCAGAGCUCACUUUCAUUGGGGGAGAGAGAAGGACUGAGAUUUUCAUUCACUCCCUUGAGUUGGGCCACUCAGCAGCUACGCGGGCCAUCAAAGCCUCAGGUCCAGGUUGCAAGCGUCUUGGCAUAGAUGGAGACAGGGAAGCAAUCCCACUAACACUACAAAUCGCCUACAGCAAGAGGGCAGUCAGUGGAAGGAGCCGCUGGAAUGACACUGAAAAAGUUUGUACAUCUGUCAACCUUAGCAAGGGGUGUAAGAGACAAGAGGAACUUGGUCCAAAAACAGAAUGGUUGACUCUUACUGCCACAGAGGUAAUCAAGAGGCAAAGCUCUAAGUCUAAAAAGAGUUUCAAUCAGCAAAUUGGUAUAUAUCAGUUGAAAGUGGACAAGGUUCAGAUCACAGGAGUUAAUUGUUCCUUUGCUGUAUGCCUAGAUCAAGAUGAACGGAAAAUUCUGCAGAGUGUUACCAGAUGUGAAAUUUCUGCAUGCUACAAACCCAAGACCAAUGAACCCUGCCCCAGGGGGAAUCCCACUUCAUUACUUCCUCACGGAGAUUCCUCUGAUUUCUGUUCUCUUCUGUGCUUGCCAAUUACUACUUUUAGUGGAGCACUUCCCUAAGGAUACCAGAAAGAAUGGACUGGCUAACCUGCCUCAAAUGCUGACUGAAAUUGCUGCCAAAC